ACUGUUCCCAACGACUCACGCACUGGCGCUUGUUUUGUGUUGUCGUCUUCCGGUUGUUUACGAAUACGCCUUUUUCUAAUAGCUAAAUUAUGGCUAUGCAUGCGAAAGCGACCCCUCCGCAGAUCCCAGACACAAGAAAAGAAUUAACUGAACUGUUGAAGAGAAAACAGGAGCUUGCGGACACAUUAGCCAACCUUGAGAGACAGAUCUAUGCAUUCGAAGGGAGCUACCUGGAGGACACACAGAUGUAUGGCAACAUCAUCCGUGGAUGGGAUCGCUACCUCACCAACCAGAAGACCACAAACAGCAAAAAUGACCGACGGAACAGAAAGUUCAAGGAGGCCGAGCGUCUUUUCAGCAAGUCUUCCGUCACCUCUGUUGCUGCUGUCAGUGCAAUGACGGGUGUCCAAGACCAGCUCAUAGAGAAACGCGAGGCAGGCAGCGGGUCAGACAGCGAGGGCUCUCCAGACUCCCAGAACCAGGAGAACGAGCCGAGCCCAGAGGAACCGGAGGAUGGGGACGGGGCGGCCCACAGCGGCAAGCCCCAGAAGGGCCUCUCCUCCUCAGCCGCGGGCCACCACGGUAGCCACAAGAAGCGCAAAAACAAGAACCGACACAGACUCGACAUGAAAUUGAACAAGAAACCCCGAGCUCAGGACUACUAGUUUUGAGUCUGGGAUGGUCACGGAGCACCUGCGUGACGACGUCAUACCAGCCUGCAUGGAACUUUGUGGAAUCUUGUGGAUGUUCUACUAUAUGGUUGCCAUGGUGAUUCAAACAGACAACGUGUCAAUAAACAACAAACAUUUUUGGAGAGGGGGGAUGUGGCACACACACACACACACACACACACACACACACACACACACACACACACACACACACACACACACACACACACACACACACACACACACACACACACACACAAGUUCCAUGACAUACCUGUGCUACAUAGUGUUGUGGACAGACAUUAUGUCCUUGGGCCAUUUCCGUUACUCCUUUGGUCAAUUCCUGAAGUCCAUUAGGGCCUGCCUGAUGUUUUGCUCACACCUUACUAGUAGGCUUCAUCAGAUCCUGACUACAUCUGUAUAGAAACUCAAGAGUUCUCAAUACUAAUUGGCCACAUAAAGUAACUAUGCUGUCUAUAUUGCUUUUGUGAUUGUUUUAUAGUCAUAGUGAACUGCAGUGUGAGGUAGUACUUAAUAAAGCCAUAGAACUGGAACGCGAUCCGUUUGUGGCUGUAGGAUUCAUAAGCUAGUUGAAAUACAAGGUUUUAAGAUACUAUCAGAUACUAGAGGUGGUUACGAGCAAACACUGCACAAACGUUCCCAUAACUCGGAGCAGUACGUGAAAGGACAGAGAUACCGCUCAUCACCAGGCCUGUCAUGACCAUGUAGUGUUCAGCUCUUCAUUUUCUUCUUUCUUUUUUUUCCCAUCUUGCCUAUCGCUGACAUGUCAACGUGAGCUUUUUUUGUACCUUAUGUUUCUGUGAAAUUUGUGUAAAAAGGUUUACGAUUCAUGAAAGGAAAUAAACAUUUUUUUAUACAUCCGUUAGAA